CCUCUUCCUCUUUCCCCCUUACCCUCGUUCCUCUCGCCUCAACCUGGCGAUGGCUUCAUCUCGUGGGUAUCCUAACAUUGUUUCCUGAUAUUCGGCUGGGGUAAUAUGCUAAUUUAGAGGCAGAAAACGAAAGGUACCAAGAACGACUGGCUGCGCGACAGAGGGGUGCUGGGUGAGUUUUGAUUUUUCGUUACCGGUGUAGCAAGUUCUACUGGCUAAAGUGUUCUAGAACACACAAGAUCCAGAACUUGGGAUUUUCUAUACAGCCUCUUGUACCGCCUGCCCGUCCGGCAACCCCCCUUCUAGCAGAGGCUCCUCCGGCCGAACCACCGAAACAAGUAGCACCACCAGCAGGUCCGGUGCGAAGGUCGCCGAGAACUACUCCAACUCCUCCACCACACCCUUCAGGAGAAAAGAGAAAAGCAGGUUCGCUAUUGCCUUCUCAAGAUCGCGCAGAAAGUAUCUUAACCUUCCCAGGUCCCUCACCACUCCGAAAUGAAGCCUCUUCCACUCCAGAGGAGACGCCUACGGUUGCACCCCCGCGGCGAGUAUCACCUCGUACACAGUCCACACUCGCUAUUACGCAAAUCAGAUCGUCUGUCACUCCUACUGAUACCCCGGUGAAUUUUACGGCUACUAAGGCUCCCUCUGUGAGGGCUAAGGCUGUCAAACCGGCGGUCGCUGCUGUGACCCCAAUUCCAAGGGGGAAGAGGACUAGGCAACCCAGUCCUGGGAAAUUUGCGAACACCCCCGGGGAGCUCACGCGAAACGGGAGGAGUAGUUCGGCGGCGGUUGAUGGGAUUCUGGAAAGUGAAGCCUCAACUGUGAUUGAGAGAAGCCCCGAGGGGAACAAGCGGAGAAAAGUUAUUAAGGAGGUUGAAGCAUCAUUGGAGGUUGGGGUAAUGGAGGAUAACAACGAAUAUGAGGACGAGGAAAUGAUUGGGGACCAGACGGUGGAGCAACCAAUGAUUGAGGAGACUGAGAACGAGGGGGAGGAAACGGGAGACGAUAAAACAAUGUUGGAGACCCCGGUGCAGGAUCUAGACAAAUCUCAACCUCCACCAAAUUCGUCGCCUCCCCUUUUCCUAGGUGGACAGAAUAGCUCAGAAGAGGAGGAGGAGGAGGAGCCUUGGCCAGCUCAACCAAAGCCCCAACCCCAACCUAAGUCAAAACUAGUGGGCAAGCGGGUCCUACCUUUACCAGAGCUAGAGGAAGGGGAGGUGGACGGGAGCCCGCAGCCAGGGUCAGCGGAGAAAGACAAAGACAAGCAACUCUUUGAUGAGGAGCAGGGGAACGAGGAUGAAUCUGAAGCCGAGGAACCAGCCCCACGGAUUGCCAAGAAAGUGCCCAAGGCCUCCAAAUCAUCAACCGCUGCUCGUACUAAACCGGGACCUAAGCCGCCCGGAGGUACUGAUGAGUAUGAUCAUGGACCAACCACAUUUCCCGUGGUCGUACAUAGAUUGGGGAAGAGUGGCGCCGGCACCAAACUCCCAGCAGGGAGUCAGAGAUCCGGUGUUAACCCUGUCGACGUUAUCAGUCAAGUAGCCACCGAGUUGAUUGACAAAUUCUACCAGAGACUGAAGAGCGGGGCAGAGAAGAAAGCCGUGGAAAGCUUCAAGGAGGAACUAAGUCUUAGGUUCUUGGAAUUGGUGAGUUCACUCCCCCUUUAUGCCAAUCGCAGGCUAGCCAACAUCACAAACCAGACAGACGCACUGGAGCACAGUAUCAUCCUCACAGACCGUGUGCGAAAAGCCCAGCGAAGGAAAAAUCAACUCAUGGCAGAACUUCUAGCAAUCAAACGCGAGAGAACCCAAGUCGCCGUACAGAUGGACGACGUGCGUCGAGAUCACGAAAUAGCUAGUAAGAGCGGUGAUGUAUUUACUCCUCCCAUAACACCACAACACACCUAACUAACCAAGCCACCCCCACCACCAGUCCCAAAAUCAAACCUCUCAACUCUUUGAAGAAGUCUCCGGAGCCCUCGAACGCGGCAAGUCCCGUGCCCGCAAUGGCGGCAACGAGCCAGAUAACGUAGGCACAGCAGACCUGGAAGGUCUGGAAGGCCUCGUGAAGAGAGUGUCCGCAAUCGUCACCGGCGGCGGACGAGAUGGGACGGGGAUACUUGGCAAGGUUGUGGAGUUUAACCACUUCCUGGAGAAGGCGGAGAGGGUGUUGCGGGAGCGGAAUUCUGGCGGUGCUACUGCUGCUACUGUUGCGAGAUAGGUUGUUCUUGAUCGGGCGCAAUGGUUGCAGUCGGGGGAAGUUAUGUAUAAUAACUAGCAUUAUUUAGGCGUUAUUAAUUGUGUUUUGGGGGGUUUAGGUACCAGUGAAUAAUUAGCACAGCACGAUAGGGGUUUUUUUUCUUAUAUUUCUUUUAGCAUUAGUUUUAUGUGGUGGUCGAGUUUGUGGUUCAGUAGGUUGCGAGUGUGAUGGGUUGGUGAGUGCAAGUUGGUGGGUGUCGGAUGGGCAUACCGAUAGUAGUUAUUGGAGCUCAUGCUUGAUCAUUGACAUUGUAAUAUAAAAAAAAUCAAUCUAUCCCCCCACCCCGCAAUAGGGGC